UUUAAGCUAAUUUUAGACUUAUUCCUGUAUAUAGUUCCGAUUGAUCCCGAAAUGAGUUGAUCUAUUUUAUUUAGUAUUAAAAUAAUCUCUAAUCGACUAAAGAACAUCUCUAUCUAUAAAAAUUAAACAAUAUGUCAUCAACCACUCUGCUCUAUGGUUGCCAUUUAAGAACUACGACAGCAGACGUCAAAGUUUUAUGAACUCUGACGAAUAGAUAUCGAUUGUUCAUUCGCUUGCUUGACCAGAGAAAGUAAAUCUCAGCUUGAAGCCGUUAUUUAUUAGGUUUAGUUUUAAGAAUCUUUGAAGCCUUGUUUUAUUUAUUUCCUCGUAUUACAAACUGAAUACAUUCGAAGAGAUGCGUCGCAACGGAAGCCGCCGCGGAACGACCGGAGGGCCAUUGAUGACAGAUCAUCUGAAGGAUAUUGAUUUGGAGUUGGAACUACUGAAGCGGAAGCGAGAUAUGAUUGAACAACAGCAACAUCUGCUGGCUAUGGAGCAACAGAUCCAGUCUUCGAGAAAUUAUGAUUUUGAACCACCAAGUUCUAAUCGUGAUUAUUCCCAGUUGUAUGACCCAGUUGGGCCCAAAAAUCGUGGUCAGUUUGGUAGAAAACGCCUAGCUGAACCUCAAUGGCAAUAUGAAAAUACCUCUAAAAGAACGCCACCGAAAAAGAAAGGCCCUCAACCCCAAUUUAAUCCUCGUAUGGGACAAGUUCCACCUAGACCAAUGAAUGCUGGGCCUGCCAACUUCCGGAACCCAAGACCAAUGCCCAAUCCGAGCAUCGGUCUGAAGAACUUCCCAAGGGGUGCUGUGCCUCUCAUGAGCAUAAAAGUAAAACAAUCUGUCGGUCAAAAGAUUGCAAACCAGAAUCCAAAGCAAAUUCCUCCUCGAAAGCCGAUUACUCAAAACAAAGUAACAAAGCCAAAAGCAGCCCCAGCUAAUAAACUUGCGACUCAGCCUCUCGCUGAGCGCAAGAAGUUGGUGGCCGCGGCCACCGUGGCGGGCGCGCAGGUCGAUGUGAACCGCAUGCUGCUGCCCGACCACGUGCCCACGCAGCAGGUCACCGGCCGCCUCGAGCUGGCUCUGGGUGCUAUCAUGAAAAACAUACGAGAAUCUAUCAUAAAAGAUUCUCCACAUGCAUCCAUGUUACGAUCUGUUGAAAUGCAACGAGUAAUGAAACAAGCAGUUCGGGAGCGUAUAAAAACAGUCAUGUUAGGCAAAGUUGUCGGCAGCAUGUUGGAGAUCCUCGCCUUUUACCGUGAGGAGUUUCCUCCAGAGACUGACGUCGACAUUGUGAACAUAGCUUUAGAAGCUAUCGGCGCGCAGACAUCCAACAAAGAAGAGAAAAAUAAUCUUAUUGAGUCAGAGGAUCCCGAAGAUUUCUUUAAGAAGAACAUGUCCUACCUUCUGGAGACUCGUAUAACUGCAAUGUUUGCUAAACUUGAAGAAAUAUACAGAGCAGAGAACCCUGACGCAGACGUCAGUGAAGCGAUCCUGAAACUGGAAGAGUCGACGGGGCCCGACGGCCAAGAAGACUCGGAGGAGUUCCAGCGGUUCUUGCAGUCCAAUGUUAAGCCACGCGAAGUGCGACGCUUCUUACCGCGGCUUUUGAAAAAGAAUUUACCGUCGAUCAUCAGGCUUCUGAACAUCGAUAGCAUGUAUCAAUCUGCCAAAGCGGAGAUCACUGCGUUGACAGUCGACAAAGCAGUUCAAAUCGCGGCUAAGACAGAGCCGGUUGUGGUACAGGCCGCACCGGUAGCUGGUACUAUUGUCAAAAGCCCUACAGCCAGUCCCAUACGACCGCUGUAUAACUUGCCAUUCUAUGUUAAGAUCAUGGGUCGUCCUUCACUGCCCAAGAAAAAAGUGAUGCAACAAUUCAUGUCUCAGUUCAACCCGAAGUCUAUCAAGAAGCACAGGACUAUCCACAACUUGCUGUUCGUCGGGUUCUCGGAGAAAAGCGAUUUUGACGGCAUUUUGGCUGCAGAUGGCACUACUAUGGGACGCCUAACGCUAAGCAUAAGAGUCUGCGGUAAUAAAGCCAAUGACAAUUCGAAUACUCCGCAAACUAACGUAAACAAAGAAAUUGACUUCAGCCUAGACGUGAGCCAAUCUGACCUGAAAAAUAAUGAUUCAGUAAAUAGCGACCAGAUUAGCCCUGAGCUGGAUGGCCAGAUAUCUGACCUACUGUCGUCCAUACGCAAACAAGCCGAUGCGUCUAACAAUAAAAUGGUUGAUGAAACAAUACAAUGCAAACAAGAAAUAGUUACUAACAACGAAACUUGUGCUGAAAAAGAUACUCAAACUAAUGAAACAACUGAAAACAUUCCAGAGAAUGAUUCGAAUGUUGAAAAGGUUGACAAUCAAGAGAGUACUGAAAAAGCAGAAACAGGGACUGAAGCUGACCUGUCAAAGAAAGUAGAUAAAUAUAUUAUUACAAUAGUGACCAGUUCGGAAGAGGAAAGAUCUCAGGAAUCAAUAAAUCUGGAGACCGAUUCUGAAGUAUCUACUACAGUGGAAACUCCUGAAGUUACAAAUAGAAUCGAAAACAAUGAGGCUCAUGGCAAGGAAGAAACCACAACAGCCCCUGUUAAGGAAGACACAUCGGAAACACCUAAAAAGGAAGCAAAAACCUCUGAAGUUGAAGAAACAAAUGCAAAAACAGCUGAACCAGAAAAAACAGAAACUACAAACAAAACCUCGGGAGUUGAAGAAACAAGUACAAAAGCAAGUGAACCAGAAAAAGCAGGAACCACAAACAAAUCCUCUGGAGUUGAAGAACCAAAUGCAAAAGCAGCUGAAGUAGAAAAAGCUGAAACUACAGAUAAAACCUCUGUUGAAGAAUCAAAUACAAAAACAGCUGACCCAGAAAAAGCAGAAACUACAAACGAUACAGAUAAAGAUUUGGAAUUAAUUGAGAAUGAUAGGUUAGAAGAACUGAAGUCUGCUACUGGAAGGUCAACACCCACACGAGCAGCGGCCCGCAAGGCCAACGCUAAUAUCACACCAUGCACCAUACGCACUAGACGUGCUAGCCGCCUCGCGCAAAACUAAACCCGAGAAAACUUACUAGUAAGUAACUAAACUUGUUUUAAUUUAACUAACGAAAUUAAUAGAUUUAACAAAACGAAAUUCCCACUUUUUUAGUUGUCACUCCAUUCAAAUUUUAUCGUAAUCGAUUCAGCCGUUUUUAUCGUUUGUAAAUUGUAUUGUCGUCAGGUUUGAAGCUACCAGGAAAAUUUCGGCCUGCUAGCUUAUCGGGAAGUGUUUCG